GCUGAGUUAAACGCCGACCUAAACGGACGGAUUGGGCUAACGUUCAGUUUAGUUGACGAGAGUUCGUGUCGUCCGCUGUUGCGCUCGGAACAAUUUUGAAAUCGGCACCAAAAUGAGCUACCUGGAGAAAGUCGACCGAUACCUGGACUCCCUCAAAGUUGGGAAGAGUGCCCUGGUAGAUUCCUGGUUCAUGAUGUCGAGUCCUAUGCCCAUACUGUCUGUGGUGGUAGCCUACCUGAUACUUAUCCGUAUCGGGCCCAGGAUUAUGAAGAAUCGGCAGCCACUACAGAUGAACAGGCUCAUCGCUUAUUACAAUGCUUCUCAAGUAUUCCUGGCUACUAUGAUUUGUUUUAAGGUUUUCAAGUUGAAUCUCUUCAGAGAUGGAAUUAUUUACGCAGGGUGUCGCUAUCCGUCCAACACGCAAAACGCAAACCUCCUGGAUUUGGGUUGGUGGUAUUUCUUUGCAAAAUUUACUGAACUUCUUGACACUGUAUUCUUCGUUCUGCGAAAGAAGGAUAAACAGGUAACCUUCCUCCAUGUCUACCACCACGUGAUAAUGGCUCUCUACUCCUGGAGCUACCUGAAGUUCGCAGCCGGUGGCGAGGGCGCAGUUCUAGCGCUUCUCAACUCUGUGGUGCAUGUGGUCAUGUACUCGUACUAUCUGCUGUCAGGGUUGGGGCCCAGGUUCCAGAAGUAUCUGUGGUGGAAGAAGUAUGUUACCAAGCUGCAAUUGAUUCAGUUCAUCCUGAUGCUCACGUAUUGCGCAUGGACUCACUUCUCUCCUCGCUGCCAGUACGCCUCCGGCUUCACCUACUUCAUCUGCUCCAACAUCACCAUCUUCCUCCUCCUAUUCGUCAACUUCUACACCAAAAGCUACAGGAAAAGAAACCUCGAAAAGAAAAACAUUGAAAAAGAAAUCAAAGAAGAAUACGACAAAGCUCACAAUGGAGUCAAAACUAAUGGAGUCUGCAAAAAUGGAGUCAAUAAAAAAGAAAAUGGAGUACAUGGGAAUGAUUGUACUGCAGUUCCUACUAUAGAAGAAAUGAUUCCAUGUGAUAUUAACGCUUGCGGAGAUUACGUCAGAGAUGGCAAUUUACUACUCUCGAGGCGGACAGCAAAAUCAACACACAACGGCGCCGAGUAUGACUUCGAUAGUAUAAUAAAGAAAUGAUUCGUCAUGGUCAAAGACUACAGCUAGCGGUUCUAUUGAGACUGAUGUAUGUGAUGACAUUGGUAUUGUUAAAGCCUAAGAUUUUUGUGGAGUUUGGAACUUAGAUAAGUACGCUUAAGUAUUCGCUUCACUAGGACUCUCUCAAAUUGAAGAAAGGACCAUGUUUGGUGCUAUCAUUUAUUGGAGCCGUUAAUUUUCAAGUGGGGUCUAAAAUUACAGCAUAUCGUAGAUCGUAUUGCAAAAUUAAUGAAUUUAAAUUAUCGUAACAGUGAGAAGACGCUUUAAAUUUACAAUAAAUUGCCAACCGCACAAUUGUUAAUGUAGAUUUUAAGGUUAAGCAUUUGCUGUAAAUAUAAUACGUGAAGUAUAAUCGUGCACUUAUUCGAUGCAGGCAGAUUUUAGAAUUGAGACCUUUCAUACAUGGAGAUACAAGGAUAAAUUCUGAUGAUGAAUGGAUUAUUUGUAAAAUAAUGGAAAUUUUAACAGUACUUUUUAAGGACACCGCUCUAAGCAAUGCAAGUUAUUGUGUGCACAGCACUUCAAAAUCAGCGAUUUUCUUGCCAAACGUUAAAUACUUAAGUAUCCUACAUUCUCUAAGUUGAAUUGCAAUAAGCCGUCCACUUGGAUAAUAAGUUUCCAGUGAGUACUUACAUUUCGAUGUUAUUUCAAAUGAAUCAUCUUUUUUGUUCGUAGCGUCUUUUAAUGCUAGUUUUUGUUUGCGUUUUCUAACUAUUGUUUUAUUAAUUUGUAGCUUGUUGUCAUUUUUUCCAUCUUUAGAAGUAAUUUGACUUAAAGUGGGUACAUUAACUUUUAAGUAAUUAAUAUUUAAAUUUUAGCUCCUGCAAAUUGUUAUUUUUUAUGUUUUGCUCUCCGUUUAGAGUAAAUGGUCUUAAUAUUUUUUUGGAAUCA